ACGAGAUCCGCCAUGGAUGGAUGUUUUACUCUAUGGUUGCUAAUGGAUUCCUAUUCGAUUUUAAAAAGUUUCGGGAUAGAGUUUUUGGUCAUGGGGACUUUCGGAAUUAAAUUAUAUUAUUCAAUAUUCAAUUAUUAAUCUAAUGUUAAUCAGGCAAUUGCAAUGACCCCUUAAAAUAAGUAUUAACAAUGUUGAUUACCAACGUAAUUGCUAAUUCGGUUUUUUACAAUACAAUGUUUUACCAGUUUACGUUUCAGGGUUAUUUUGUGGCACAAAACUUACUUAAAAAUAUUUAACGAAUACCUGUUUCCCUAAAUCAAUUUAUUUUCGUGGAUUAUUUUAUUUACACUUCUAAUUUUAUUAUUAUCGUCUACUGCCAUUUGGCUGUUUGGCUAGAAGUGCGCAAGUUCUAAUCUGUUUUGUAUUUAAAAGCAAAUCUUGACAUUUAACAGCUGACAAACAAACGUGUUGUGAGUUGUGAAUCACGAAAUGAAACGAUAAAAUUAUAUUAAAAUCGCAGUUUAUUCACAAAACUUGUAAUAAAAUGGGUUUUCUUACAAUAUUGAAGAAGCUUCGACAGAAGGAGAAAGAAAUGCGAAUACUUAUGUUAGGACUGGAUAACGCGGGUAAGACGACGAUCCUGAAGCGGUUCAACGGGGAGCCGAUCGACACGAUCUCGCCGACACUGGGGUUCAACAUCAAGACGCUGGAGCACCGCGGGUACAAGCUCAACAUCUGGGACGUCGGCGGGCAGAAGUCGCUCAGAUCUUAUUGGAAGAACUACUUUGAGAGCACAGACGGCGUGGCCUGGGUGGUUGACAGUGCAGAUUCUAGGCGACUGGAAGGCUGCGCGAAGGAGCUGCGUACGCUGCUGCAGGAGGAACGUCUCGCCGGAGCGACAUUACUGGUGCUGGCAAACAAGGCUGAUCUGCCGGGAGCACUCACCUUGCAGGAGAUCAGAGAGGCCCUGGACCUGGACAGCAUCAAGUCGCACCACUGGCGGAUCGUGCGCUGCUCCGCCGUCACCGGCGAGAACCUCCUCGAGGGCAUAGAUUGGAUGCUGGACGACAUUGCGUCGAGGAUAUUUUCACUAGACUAGAUUAUAAAAUAUACUCUAGAUUUUACUAACUACUUACUCAAAUAAUUCCAAUUGAUGUUUAUCAUGGAGGGUUCAGAUGAAAAAUCGAAAGUUUAUUUAAGUAGCCAAUAAGAACCUUAUUUGAUUGAAAAAGGUCUAAAUUAUGUAAAUAUUCCUGCAAUGAAAAUUAAAAGUCGAAAAUUGUAUAUACACCAAGUUUUUCUUAUUUCCGUUAAUUGCAAGGGUGCAUUUCUAAGCUUAAAUUAAGUAACUUUCUCAAAGAAACUGGUAUUGUAAUUGAUUCCAUUUCUGAGCUAAUCAAUAAUUAUUUUUUAUCUUAUAAGGCUCUUACGAGCGUAUACACUUACCUUAGGGCCUGUUUACAUAUUGAUUAGUGUUUAGUAAGUGUGUACAUUUGCUACUAAACGUAAAUACUAUCUCGGACGAUUGAUGUUCGAAAUUACAUUGAUAUGUCACAGAGUUUUCAAUUGUUUGGUUGAAUUAAAUGUAUUGCCCCUGUUACAACAACGCUAUAUGCAACAUUUAAUUACUUUUUAUGAAAAUAUAUAUUUUUUUUUUAUUAACUAUGCCAUUUAGUUUCCUUAAACGUUAACCCCAGAGUUAACGGAAUUCAAUAAAAACACGGUGUAUAUGAUCAACAUUAGCGAUAUAUCAAAAUGUUAUCGUUAUUUCUGUAUUGUGUUCUUGAAUUAAUUUUGUAUGGUAGGAGAAAGAAACCUUCACGCAAAGAAAAAAAAAACAUUUCACUAAAAAAAAGCUACAAAUACAAAGUAGCUUUCGAUAGCUCUUACCGCUCUCAGCUUGAGUUAUUUUUAUGCCUUGAGAAGGCACGCGACUUGGUAAAGGGGUUACCAGUCAUCAUUAUGGACUCGUCCCUGUUUAUAUUCAUAAUACAUUGCUAUAGGUUUCGCGUGUUUGUAUUGGUAAAAGAAAUGCUAAAUAAUGUUAUUAUAACAAUGAACUCCUAAACUUAUAAAUUUUAAUACGCUUCGCAAAACAUUGUCCAAUGUUACUUAUUUAAAAGACUAAUUUAAUAAAACUUUUACAUAAAGUCA